AUGCUUCAGGAAAUCUUCGGUCCCUUUGAGACCGAUCCAUGCGAUGCUUUGAAAUCCAUCUGUCAACAUCUUUUUGAAGAAGAUGAUGAUGAUGAUGAUGCCGUCAACGCAGCAUUUUCUACACAAACUCCAGUAAACAUUUGCAGGAGGUGUUCAAGCUUCAGCAAUCUUUUACUGUUGGAGAGUCGGAGCGAGCUGCCCCUAAAAGUCGAUGACUCGGAGGACAUGGUGGUGUACAGCGCUUUACGCGAUGCGCUCAAUUCCGGGUGGACAGUGCCUCUGGCUUCGAGCCAAGAACUGGAUUUCGAAGUGACGACCAUUGAUUAUAACAGCGUUGGUCUGGCGACAGAGGAGAAACAAGAGACAGUGGAGCGUGAGGUACAAGUGCCGGUCAAGAAGACGCAUUAUAGAGGAGUGAGGAGGCGGCCGUGGGGAAAAUACGCAGCAGAAAUGAGGACCCCAAGAAAAACGGAGCAAGGCAUUGGUCUAGCAACAGAGAAGAAACCACAGAUGGUGGAGCAUGAGGUACAAGCACUAGUUGAGAGAACCCGUUACAAGGGAGUGAUUAUGGUGGAGCAUGAGGUACAAGCACUAGUUGAGAGAACCCGUUACAAGGGAGUGAUGAGACGAUCAUGGGGAAGUUACGCGAUGGAGAUAAGGGACCGCAAGAAGAACGGGGUUAGGAUUUGGCUUAGGACUUACUAG